AUGGCCCUAUAUAAAUACUUAGACGAUAAUUUUUUUCCACUUUUUUUCAUUUUAUUUUCCUGCACUGUGAGAGUAAAAAUUCAGAGAACACAACAACAUCUUUUCCGAACCAUCCAAAGUUCAAAUCGGAGAACAAAGAGAGAAGAGUUCUGGUUCAGAAGUCCAACACAACGAAUAACUUACAAGCAAGUUAUCUGGUUUGAAUUCGAUCAAAUUUAUCAGCUGGAUAAAUUAGAAAAAGAAGUUGAGGCAUAUCAGACAACAAUAUGUGUCGAAGGGCGGAAGCUGCACAACAUCGACAAGCGGUGGAAGAUGGAGAGGGAAAUUAGAGGGUUGCACCUGAGGCUGGUCCGUAUCAAUCAGAGUUCUCCAGAAGACUUUUUAGGAUACUAUUCUUCUAAUGAGAUAUCAGGGUCAUGUUGCUCGUCAUUUGUGGUUCAACGAAAAACCCAACUCCCCUUCUGUCAUAUUCCAAAAUUUUCCUACCCCUUUAUAAAGAUCAUCUGGUUUACGUAUCUCGCAUUCUUCAUGUACAUACUUCAUUAG